AGCUUUCUGAGCAUGACCUUGAGGGGAGAUCUGCCCACUCCCAGGCUUUGGCUCCCUUGGCCUGAUGACGUCUGUGCUGGUCUGCCCUGAUGGGAAGACAAUUGAGGCUGAGGCUGCUCACGGGACAGUCACCCGUCAUUACCGAGAGCACCAGAAGGGCCGACCCACCAGUACCAACCCUAUUGCCAGCAUCUUUGCUUGGACACGGGGGCUAGAGCAUCGAGGGAAGCUGGAUGGGAACCAGGACCUCAUCAGGUUUUCACAGACUCUGGAGAAGGUGUGUGUAGAGACUGUGGAGAGUGGAGCUAUGACCAAGGACCUGGCUGGAUGCAUCCACGGCCUCAGCAAUGUGAAGCUGAAUGAACACUUCCUGAACACCACGGACUUCCUGGACACCAUUAAGAGCAACCUGGACCGAGCUCUGGGCAAGCAGUAGGGGUGGACACUGCCCAGCUGCAGUGGGCACUCCAUACAUGGUACAGGGUGAGCCUCACAGCCCCUCUCCUCUCUGGUGGCCUUUCUAGGGGACAGGUUUUUUUUUUUU